AUUCAAUGAUAUUCGCAGUUGAACGGAGCGAGAUUCAAGUGGGAUAAUCAAAGAUAAAAAAAAGGGAAUAGAGAAAGAGAGUAAGUGAGCGAGAGAGAGAGAGAGAGAGAGCGAGAGAGCGAGAAAGAGAAAAGCAUGAAUUAUACUCCAGAGCCUCAUCAUAUACCUGGAUAUGCGGGAUUCACUCCUCAGUACCGAUUUAGGUCUGGUAAGACCUUUGCGGCAACAACGGCACAAAUAUUUAAGGAUCCUACAGUGUCUAAAUCUUGUAGACCAGUAUUAGUUGACCUUGACACUAUGACAAAAGAUUUGUGUCUUUUCCAUAUCAAGAACAGAUAUUGGCAAGAGAAAUUCUUAGAUAAGGAGCGAUCGCCGUCAACUUCGGCGCCAAUGGCCGCAACAGCAGAUGCCGAAGUAGGAAAGAGUUUUGGACAAACUCGUCCAAGUUAUAUGCCAAACAUUAGGUGUCCUCCAAGAGUGUACUGUCAACAAAAUGCGAUUACAAAUUCUUCAAAGUAUUCUGAAGAGGCGGUUAGAGUUGAAAAUACAUCUCGAAAAGCAAAUAAUGGAGGAGAGGAACAAUCUGUCCAAGCGAGCGAUUUUCAAGAGUUGAAAGAUUCCACUUCCGGUUUAGGUCAAAAUCAAAAUGGAAAAGUCUCUUUGGAAUUUUCUAGAAGGACAAAGGCGCCCAAGUUUUAUAUGACAAGAUCUUUGACCAGCGAUGACUUAAAUAAACCAAGAGUUAAAACUCAAAUUGGCUACUCUCUUGAUAAGAAUCAGCAACAGAAAUUCUACAAUCCUUACGAAGGAAUGAUAUCUAGAUAUCAAGGACAUGUACCGGGCGAAAAAUUCGAUUUUGGGAAAUCCUUUAAGCCUAGUACGGCUUUUUGUCUAAAAGAGAGAUCCGCAAUGAUCGGUUAUUGAAUAUAAGAAGCAAUUCAAUAAGAUAAAUAAAUUUAAAUAAAAAUAUUAAUACGAAUAUAAACACGGCAAAUUUAAUAUAUGCACUGUGUGUAAAUAUAUGAAGUAUAUACAAUAUACUUUAUAUAUAUGAAUAUUCAGUAUUUUGGCGUGUAUUCGUGUACGUGUGUAUGUGUGUGUGUGUGUGUGAGUGAACGUUCUACAUUAAUAACAAGUAUAUAUAAAGACAAGACAUUAUACAAUUAAAGCAUUAACAAUUUAUAUCUAGUUUAAACGAGAAUAAUUUUAUAGAUUUUUAAUAAUACACUUACUAAAGUUUGUUAUUAUCUAUGUAUUAAUAUCAAUUUAUCAACCCUUUUUUAAGACAUCAAAAAUAACGUUCUAUUGAUACCCUUAAUCUAUUUUCUUUUACCACAUUGUCUUGUUUAAACUUCAAAAGGAGAAGGUUUAUAUUUCAGAUUUAACGUAUUAUGGCAAUUAUCUUUUCUUUCCACUUUUAUCCGCCUUCUCUUCCUCUUGUUUUUUCUUCUCUUCUACUCGUUCAAAGUUCACCUGCCUAGCUUUCCGACAUACGCAGUUAAUAAUCUCUAUAUCUAAAGGAAAAUGACAAUAGCAGAUUGAGAGUGGAAAAUUAUUGAAAAGGAAAGACAAAUACAGGAAGAAAAACUUUUCUCUUUCUAUUGGUUGGAAUAUAAAGAGUAUAAAGAGAAAGAGAGAGAGAGAGAGAGAGGGGGCAAAAAUGGAAUAUUAAUAACUUUCAAUGUGCAUAUAUAUUUAUAGAUAAACAUAUUAAAGUAUACUAAAAAUAAAUGCUUACACUUCAUAAAAUCAGACAAUGACUUUUAAUAUUACUCUGACUAAUUAUUGAAUUGAAAUUAGCUUCUAUUCAAUUUUAACGAUGGAUGAUGGCAUACGGAAUAAAGUUACAAAACAAUAUAAUAUACGCAAAAGAUACAGAAAAUUUCAUAAAUCAUUAUUACUAAUAAUUAAUUUUAAUUAGUCGAUCUUUUUCUUUCAACUUCCCACUAUAUUAACUUGAUGACUGACCAAUUUGACAUCUUUUGAAGCUUGUUCAACUUUUAUUUUUUCUCUUUUUAGAAGAGGAAAUUAAUGUUGUUAAUAUUCUCUAACCCUUCCUUAGUUUUUCGCUGGCAAAUCUAGUCUCUCUCUAGUAUACACAGAUUAGCAUAUUUGUUAUUAUUAAAAUUGAUUCUAAUCAAGAAUUAGCUCUUAAGGAAUUAUCUCUUUUUUUAUAAAUUGAUAAUUUCAUCAUUAUUAAUUUCUAUUGAAGGAUUCUCUUUCGAGGUUAAAUAUUUAUAUUAAAUGGAUU